AUGGAUUUCAAUGGACUAUCGAGGAUGAGACGAGAAUCCAGCAGUACUACCAAAAGUACAACUAUACCUACGUCUACUUUGAAUCCUACCAGUGCGACUCUGCCCAACAUAAAUUCUCAAAGCAUUUCCACAAAAAAGCCAGAUCCUACAACGCCUAGCCUAGAUUUUACAACGCCUGAUUCAGAUCCUACGACACCUAGUCCAGAUUCUACAACGUCUAAUUCAGAUCCUACAUCUUCUAGUGCAGAUUCUACAACGCCCAAUUCAGAUCCUACAACGGCCAAUUCAGAUCCCACAACGCCCAAUUCAGAUCCCACAACGCCCAAUACAGAUCCCACAACGCCCAAUUCAGAUCCCACAACGCCCAAUUCAGAUCCCACAACGCCCAAUUCAGAUCCCACAACGCCCAAUUCAGAUCCCACAACGCCCAAUUCAGAUCCCACAACGCCCAAUUCAGAUCCCACAACGCCCAGUUCAGAUCCCACAACGCCCAGUUCAGAUCCCACAACGCCCAAUUCAGAUCCCACAACACCCAAUUCAGAUCCCACAACGCCCAAUUCAGAUCCCACAACGCCCAAUUCAGAUCCUACAGCGUCCAAUUCAGAUCCUACAAAUUCCACGCCUGAUUUAACUCCAAGUACUAAUGAGACUCCGAAACCAAGUCCAACGAGCACACCUGAUUCAAGUUCAAAUACGAGUAAGACUCCCAAACCAAGUCCAACAUCUGCUAAACCGACUACUCGACCGAAUCGAAGAUCAACGCGCGAACCACAAGCCACAACUCCCAGUCCAACUGCCGAAUCUACUACGCCUAAGACUAAUUCAGAAACUACAACCUCUAGUCCAACUACCAAACCCACGACACCUAACUCAGAAGCCUCAACUUCUAGUCCAAAUCCCGAAUCCACGCCUAAACCUGAAGCGGUGGCUUCUUCUCCGACUCCUAAGACUACCACACCUAAAUCAGAGACUCCAACUUCUAGUCCAAAUAGCGAAUCCACGCCUAAACCUGAAGCGGUGACUUCUUCUCCGACUCCUAAGACUACCACACCUAAAUCAGAGACUCCAACUUCUAGUCCAAAUAGCGAAUCCACGCCUAAACCUGAAGCGGUGACUUCUUCUCCGACUCCUAAGACUACCACACCUAAAUCAGAGACUCCAACUUCUAGUCCAAAUAGCGAAUCCACGGAUCCUAAGCCGAAGCCCAUGUCGUCUAGUCCAGCUGGCAAAUCUACGACGCUGAAACCAAAAUCCGAGACCACAACCGCACCUACGACAAAACAACCAUCCGAUUCUGGAAAAGUAACUAAUCCAACAUCGACAACCGCCACCCCUGUGAUAGGAUCACGUUUUAAUCCGGAUGAUGAAAUUCAAGUGCCUAAUAAAAAGCCUGAAUCGAACCAGGCAACAAAUCCAAUUCCAAACGAAGGGACAAAUACAGGAACUUUCAUGUAUCCUGAAUUCCCAACUUUCCAGUUCCCUCCGUUCUUCAUGCCUUCGUUCACUCCCGACUUUUCGGUACCUUACAAUCCUUACAACCCUUACAACCCUUACUUUACACCCGAUACUGGUAAUAAUAAUGCAUGGACUGCACCUAAUGGCGGAGCUGGACCUGCGACAUCUUUCGCUUCUGCUAGUGCAUCGGCUGGAGCUUCUGCUGAUAGCACAAAUUUAAACGCAUCACCGUUAGGUUAUCAAGGAGGAUACCCUGACAACCUGAACACGGUCAACACACCUUUGGUCGUCGAACCGAACACUGGCAACGUACCGAACAUGCUUAACGCAGGGGGAUAUGGUAGCUAUGGAGGAGGCGCACCAUACUUCGACACUGGAUUUGCGUUUCCUGAUUUUCAGAAACAAAUGGAGGAAAAUUUCAGACAAUUGCAAGCUGAAAUCCAAAAACAACAACAAUCGAUCUUUGAAGCAACUAAUCGCAUAGCCACUGACGGAGCUAAUGGCAUCCCUGGAACACAUACCGCUGUUUCUGGCAUUCAUUUGGGACCAGAUGGCGGUUAUCAAGCUGGUGCAAUUAAUCCAGUUGCACCGGGAAUAGAAUCUAGAUUCGCCGAUGAACUCCCUCCACCGUCAAGCAAUAAUUACGGAGUGUUUUCCAGUUCUAGCUCUCACACCUUGGUUGGUCCGGAUGGAAAAACAAUCUCUCGCAAAUCUUCGACAACAGGUGUAAAUGACAAUGGAAAAAUUACUUACCGAACAGUCCAAGAGUAAAAUGUACGUCCUCGGUUGGAUUUACAUUAUCAUUGAUCUUCAAUGGAACGCGUUAAUACCGCGAUAAAACACAAUUGUUUUCUUUUACUCUUUUAAACCCAACAUUCUUUGUAACUCAGGAUUAUAGAUAAUAUUUUUAAUCGUUUACUUACCAAAUAUACAUAACUGGUUGGCGUAAAAAUA